CAAGUUUUGACUUGCUAGCCCAGUAGCAAGUCAAAACAGCAUACCAUUUGACUUGUCUCUAUUUUUAAAAGGAUAAUAAUGUAAAGAUGCCAAAUGAUAGAUGUCGUAAAAGAGGUCCUCUUAUUGCCUAUGAAAAUAUGCACGAAUGACGAUAAAUAAUGCAAAGUUAUCUCAUAGUUCCUCUAAAUGUACUAGCUAAGUUAGCAUGUUAGCUCUACUAGUCGAAAAGCGAGGCUUUUGUUGCCAUGGUAAUCUUCUUCGGCGCAAUGAGGAUUUCGAGCAAGGCAAACACAGAGGUCCGAAAAGUGCAGCACACGGCGUCCACCACAAUAACAGCCCUGUCCUCGGAACUGAGGUGGCAAGAUGCAGUGGCAACUUAAAGGCAAACUGAGAAGUAAUCAUUCCAGUGUGGAACGGGAGUCCGGUUUACAACGCCAUUCUGCUAAACCAGACUUUUGCACCCUUAUGAUCAGCCAAUAGCAACACUCAAGAUGGAGGAAGUUCUACAAAAUGUAGUGGACUUGUUGAAAGGUCACCCGGCCGGGAUCCCGCUGAAAAAGCUCACCAUGUUCUACAACCAGACGUACCGCUCCAACCUGUCCUUCCGGGCCUUGCACUUUGAGUCCCUGGCCCAGCUCGUGGACUCUCGACGGGAGCUGUCUGUGGUGGGACAGCUGGUGUUUCACGAGGACCAUCUACCCCGAAGUCAGAGCGCUGCUGGAGCUGAAGGCGGAGCCGCCUCCACAGGUGGGGACAGCAAAAGCAGGGUGCUGGAAAACCUGGUCCUCAUGAUGAGAGAGCAUCCGGCCGGCGUCCCCCUGCCCAAGGUGGCUACCCUCUACAGCCAGACGUACCACCACAACCUGGCCUUAGCCUCUCUGGGCUUCAAAACCAUCUCCUCCCUGGUGGCCACUUUGGAAAAAGACCUGCACGUGGAGGGGGACAUCGUGUUCCAUAAGAUUUACCUGGCUCAAAAUCAGCCUCAGGCUUGGAAAGCGAGACAAGCUAAAGAGGGCAGCAGGCCGGCCACACCGCAGACUCCGGAUUCUCUCAGUAGGGGUUGUAGCCCCGGCCCACUGCGGGAUACCAGCAGCCCCCUCUGGGCGCCGCCCUCCCAGGCCGGGGUCAGCCUUCUCGGCAGCCCUUUGAUUUCAUUCGGCUCAUCAUCAUCCAUAAAACAUGUUUCUGAGAGCCCAGUCCUCACCCAGGAUCAGCUGCUCCAGAGAAUAAUGGAGGUGCUGAGGAAGUACCAGCUGACCGCCCCAUCCAUGGAUCAGCUCCAGGCCUGCUACUAUGGGCUGUUUGGAGAACAGUUUCCUGUGGCCCAGUACAUGUCUCUUUAUGACAACUUGGAAGCUGAAAAGAAGCCCGAUAAAUCCCAACCCAAGGCAACUCCCAAGACCAGUGCGUGGGGGGCAGCUGAAGCUGCAAAAAAUCCGAAAAGAGAGCCCAAAAGAGAGCUACCGCUCCCAAGUGGGCCCGGCCACCUCUCUGAGUCCGACUUCCCAGCGCUGGGAGCAGGGGGCGACGCAAGUCUGACCAAAGAGCAGAGGAGCAGAACGAAAGACAGCGGUCAGAAAGAGGCCAGCGCGCCCAGCUUCAGGGGUGCUUAUCAUGCACAGCUGCGAGAGGUCCAUGGAGGUAAUAUGCGGGCGCUGGAGGCCAUUGAAGACGAUGAGGAGGAGCAAACGGGGAGGAGGAGGAGGAGGAACGGCGCUGUAGAUCAGGAGGAAAUCAACAGUCUGAUGUGCAGCGUUAUACGAGAAAUCGCUGAUGAGGGAGAGCUGGUCACCAAGGAAAAGGUGAUCUCCCGGGUGUGUAUGAUGGUUCCCUCUCUGGACCCGAGGACGCUCAAGCCCUGGACCUUCUCGGCUCUAAAAGACCUUCAGUAUCUCAUAAGAGAGAUCAACAUGUUCAUAGAGUGCACCGAAGCGGCGACGUCCAUCUGCACCCUGUAUGAGCUGGGCCAAACUCUGGCCGGCCUGAAGGACAAGAAGCACUACGAGGAGCUGAACCUCGGGCCCCUGUGCAAGCUCCCCCUCAUACACCGCAUGUUCAAGAUUGACAGUAACACCAAGGACGACGAUAUCCCCCAGAUCGAGACCAAAGACAUCCUGAAGCAAAUUCGCGUUUUUAGGAGGAAGCAGACCAAACAGAAACUAGACCUGGCUGAGUUUUUGCAGUAUCUGGCCGAUCACUACAGCUGUGAAUCUCCUUACGAGCUGGGCAUCAGGAUACACAGCUUUGGCCUUCCCAUAGGGACCAUUAUGAAGGUGAGCCGGAUCGAGCACACCAUCCUGGAGAGAGCCAGAGAGGUCAUUCAAAGAGAGCUGGAAGAGGAAACCCUUGAGCGUUUGCGAAAAAUCAAGAAGAACGUUUUGGAGCAGUUGCAGGGCGCUGGUUCCUUCUCCUCCACAGGAAACUUGGAUCUAAGGAAAAAGUAUGCCUCUAUGCCUGCAGGGGAGGUGGUGCUGGAGGUAUUGUCAAACGCAGUGGGAGUGUUCAGCCCCAGAAUGACCAAGCACGUUGAGAGCUUCCUGGCACAGGUGUCCAACGACAGGCUGGCUAAGGCUCUGUUCCAGCUGGCCGUGUGUGGAGGCUCCCUGGCAGCACCGCAGGACCUGGUGCUCAAAGACAAGACCUCCAAGCCCUCAGAACAAACAAAAACCGCGGACAAAGCCCCCACGGUCAUCCCCAGUGAAGCGAAAGUGAAGCAGGCUCUGAAAGACAGCCUGGCUACCAUAAACUCUGCCAUCACUCUGGGCCACAUCGCCGCCGUGGAGAAGAAGGUGACCAAACAAUUCCAGGCCAAAGAUUUCCUCUCUCUGGAACAAGGCACCUUCCUGGAGUUCCUGGUGAAGCACAUUCAGCUGCUGCAGGACGCCCUCGGGUCGGUUUUGUUUUUGGGGAGCAACGUGGAACGUCCGGGAAACAGCUCCAGGCCCAGCAGGCAGGACGUGUUUGAGUUCAUCAAGCAGUGCGGCAGCGUGGCUUCCACCGAACCGGACGACAUCUCUCACAUCGAGGCGGCACUGAGGUCCCACUACAGGCUCCGUGACAGCCGGGACUUGGGAUACGGCACCCUGCAAAUGCUCGUCGGCCUGGUCCAACGGCAAAGAGAGCUGGCUGGAGGAGGGCUGAGCCCCGUCUGCUACGAGUCUGCCCUGCUGGCCAAACACAGCAAAUCCAGCCCUCAAAGUGGAAACGAGUCUGUGGGGUGCUUAGGCGACAUGUCCAAGGCUCAGGCGCUGGCCAGUCUUCUCUCCUGUCCACUGCUGGAAGAUUUACAUGACUGGAGUCAGUGGGAGCUGAUCUUCAAACCCCUUCACGGCCCCCUCAGAGAUUUCAUAGAAACCAAUGCAGCAAAAAUGGACCUGGCAGCGCUGGAGGUGGCUCCAGGCAUGCUGCUAAGGAUCACCACUGCCACGGGGGACAAACACUUCUCGCGUGCCUCCGCCGCCCUGGACCCUGUCGGCACCGCCGGCCACCUCGUGUCCAUCGUGGUCGCGGACGGGGUCGACAACGCACCCACCGCCCUGCUGGCCAAUCACAUGCAGAGCUCCCUGGCUGCAGCCGUGGCUUCAGAAGAUCUCUCCCGGGCCGAGGAGGACGUCGCCUGUUACAGCAGAGUGGCCAAGUUUCUGCUGGCGUGUUUGAUACGAAUCCCCACCAGAACCUGCCAGGCUCUGUUACAGCAGGUGUUCCUGGAGCCGUUCUCCCGUGUCCUGGGCCAGGCCAAGUCCAAACAAGUCUUGGUGGCCGUGGCUCAGUCCGACCCGAGACACCUGAACUGCCUGCAUCGGCUCGGGAUCCUCCUGGGCGUCACAGACUGGGUCAAAGACUACCAGAAAAAGCUCAACCAAGACGGGCACCCACACGCAGCCCCUAUGGUGAAGGCCAAGUCCAAUUUGAUAGAUUCUGAGAGCAGCAGUCUGUCAGCCUUGAAUACCAGUGAGGAUGAGUACCUUGAUGAUGACAUCAUGGACAGCAGCUCUGUUUCCUCACAGCUGAACCACAGCCAGCAACAAGUCAAUGGUGACCUUGAUGUGGAGAUUGAGGACGAAGAGGACGGAGAGGAGCUGUAUGAGCUGGCCUCCCUUCAAAACGGAGAAACCUCGGACAUCAACGGCGAGGCCGAAGGGGCUCAGAGCGACGAACCGCUCGAAAACGCCGACCCCGACGAGAAGCGGGACGCCGGCAGCCAGUCAGAGGCCGCAUUGCAUCACCAAAAAGCCAUAAUUGAGGAAAUCAGGAAAAAUGAGUUCGGCGUGGGGGUGGAGCUGAACGAGGAAGGCCAGAAGCUGAUGCUGACCCACCAGGAGAGGCUGGGCCGCAGCCUGGACCGCCUCUCCACCGAGCUCUACAGCAAAGAUACACACUUUGUCUUGGAGCUCAUCCAGAAUGCUGAUGACAACAGUUACCCGUCAGAGGCCGGCGUUGUUCCCGCGCUGGCCUUCGUGGUGGAGAGAGACUGCAUCUCCGUCCUCAACAAUGAGACGGGCUUCCAGGAGAAGAACAUCAAAGCCAUCUGCGAUGUGGGUCGCAGCACCAAGGGCAAACACAAAUACGGAUACAUCGGCCAAAAAGGCAUUGGCUUCAAGUCGGUCUUUAAGGUGACAGACUGCCCUGAGAUCCACUCCAACGGCUUUCACUUGCGCUUCGACAAGAGCUGUGGCCCUAUGGGAUACAUCCUCCCCCACUGGACCGAAGACGAGAGGCCUUUGGACGUGCAGCUCAAGGACAUGAAGCGGCACAGUUGGACCACCAAAAUCUGCCUCCCGUUGCGCUCUGAGAGCCAUCAGACCAGGAACCUGUUUCACGACGUGCACUCGUCCCUGCUGCUCUUUCUGCACCGCCUGCGCUCCAUCACCAUCUACAACCAGAUGGAAAAGCGGCUGGUGAGCAUGACCCGCAAAGAUCUCAGUCACAACGUGCUGGAGGUGGAGCACACGGAGGGCGUCGAGCGCUGGCUGGUGGUCAAAACCAGGCUGGAACCCAAGAAGAUCAAAGAAGACGUGGAGUCGACCGAGCUGGCUCUGGCUUUCCAGCUGGCUGAGGGGGAGGUCUCCUGCCAGCCUCAAAAGCAGCCAGUGUUUGCUUACCUCCCCCUCCGCAGCUUUGGUUUCCGUUUCAUCAUCCAGGGUGACUUUGAUAUUCCUUCCUCACGGGAAGAUGUGGACCGGGACAGUUCCUGGAACCAGUGGCUUCGAUCCGAAAUACCACAACUCUUCCUCCAGGCCAUGAACAACUUCACUGAUCACCCAGAGUUCAAGGGGCUGAAGGGCCUGUGCCAGUUCCUGCAGUUUGUGCCCCUCCCUGACGAAGUGCUGGACUUUUUCAAGCCUGUCGCCGGGCAAAUUAUCCAGCUGCUCAAAGGGAAGGCCUUCCUGCCGACACUCAGCUCAGCUGGGGAGGUGGUGUACAAGCUGCCGUCCCAAGUGGCCGUCUGCCAGGAUGCUGUGAUCCGCAGCGUGAUAGGCGGGGAUGAGCUCGAAAAACAUCUGUCCCUGUCCUAUCUCCAUCCGGGUCUCAGCCCCGCCCCCCCCAACUCCCUGCUCAAUCACCUGGGAGUCCGAAACCUGAGGGGAUCGGAUGUCACCACGGUAACCAACGCAAUGGCAAGGGAGCUGGUCAAAGAGCAGAGCCUGAACUCAGAGGGAGCCCUUCGUCAGCUGGCCAGGCUGCUGGUUUGCAACUUCCGAGCCAUGGAGCAUGGCUUCGAAGAGGCAGACUCCGUCCUGCAAAAUCUCAGAGAUCUGCCCAUAAUCCCUCUGGCUGAUGGAAGUGUGGUGGCAUUAAGUGGCGAGGGACUCUUCUUUCCCUUGGAGGAGACCAGGACUAAGAAGAAGGAUACUAAGACGGGGCCGCUGUCUGCUUUGUACAAGGAUGUGAAUGUGGUUCACCCAUCUCUGUUGAACUGUCUGGAGCCCCUGGAAAACCAACAGGUCAGAGAGCUCCUCAAAAGACUCGGAGUUCACGAACUGGAGCCCCAGGAGCUGCUGGAGGAGCACAUCUAUCCCACCAUUAAGAACAACAAAUGGAAGUCAAAGGCAGAGUCGGUGGUCGUGAGUUACUUGGUGUUCAUCAAGCAGCACUCCUCCUCCUCUCAGGAGUACUCAGACAUGGCAGUGCCCGUCCUCACCUGCAGGGGUCUUAGCUGCCCAGUCACUGAGAGAGUCCACUUCUCCGAGGAGUACAGCAACAUCAACCUGACAAAGAAGCUGCCCGGCUACGACUGGGUCCUGCUGAGUCCCUGCUACGUGCAGACAGACGGCGACGUGGCAGGAUGGAGAGAGCUCUUCAUCCAACUGGGGGUCAGGGACGGCCUCAUCAUCCGCAAAGAGAGGCGAACGCUCAGUUCUGAAGAACUGAGUGGAGCGUGGCGCCAGCCCCCCGGGGAGAAGUGCGUGCUGGAUGACUACCCCUGCGAGGAGCUGCAGGCCCUGGCCGCAGCCCAGCUGCCCGGCUCCGUCCUCCUGCAGCAGAGGACGGCUCUGCUGGAGCUGCUGGAGAGCAACUGGGACAGCGGACAUUGCUACUCUCAGUACCUCACAGCCCAGGUGGUGGACAGUGAUGGACGGCCCAUCAAACCCACCAAGUCUUCCUUCUACCACAUGUUGUGCCACCUCGAGUGGGUGCCGGCUUAUCGCCCGCUGGAGGAAGAAGGGCAGGAGAGGAAGUACCUCAGUCCAAGUUCCGUUUAUCUGAGGUCACCUGAAGUCACCAAGUUGCUGGGGACUCAUGUAUUCUACGUGGACAUACAGCCCAGCGAGUUCAGCAGAGCUUUAGGCAUGAGAGAAAGCGUCUCAGUGGAGGUGCUGAUCGAUUACCUGAAGAAGUGGUGUGUCCAGCCGGCGGCCGACCACCAGGAUGAGGCAGAGGGAGCAACGUUCACCACUACAGUUCAGCACAUCCACAGCGUCUACACGUUCCUGAGGGAAAAAUGUUCCCAGCACAGCCUGAAGGAGCUGUUCCAGCACACCCCUGCAGUACGUAAUGAGAAGUGGUGUUCGGGACGCUUCUACCACCUAAAGGAUGUGUGCUGGAGUGACACAACCACCAUGUUCCAGCGCUACAGGCAGCUGACCCACAGACCGGACAGCCCCGUCCAGGAUCCCAAAGUCCUGGCUCCCUUCUACCACCAGCUGGAGGACAUGAGAGACUUCUUCCUCAGACAGCUGAAUGUGGAUCCCAGCCCCACCAUGAAGCAGUACGUCGGUUUAUUGGAACUCAUCUGCUCUUCCUCCGACAUGCCAACUGCCGAGGUCCUGCAGGAUGUGUCGGUAGUCUAUGCCAGACUUGCUCAAAAGUGUAAAAAUCAACCAUCUGGAGACCAGGAGAAUACUCCUCAGUUCCAUCCUGGCUACUGCUCCACUUUGAAAGGAAUGGUGUCGGAUAAGUGGGUAUUCCCUACUAAGGAUAACAGAUGGGUGAGUUUGGCGCGUAAACCCAUGAUCAGCGACGACAAAGAGCUGGAGAAGGUUUUCAAACAUCACAAGCAGGUGUGUUUGCUCAACCUGCCAGCAGCAGAGAAGAAGGCCGCUCCCAGAAACAAAACCGGUCAUUCAGUCGCCGGCGAUCGAGCUACAAUGGCCGCCUUCAACGAGUGGGACAGACUGACUUUUCUGGAGAUCUGUGGUGUCAGAAAGCUCUCGGAGUGCGUCAUAUACGAGGCGCAGACUGAGAACCUCAGGCCCUGUCCGUCCAUGCAGGCCAUGGUGCGCUCGGUGGUCCCGUACAUUCAGAGGUUCCUCUACCACCAUGACGAACUGGGGGAAGUCUACUCAGAGCUGACACACCGCAAUAUAGCCCAGAAAAUCAAACACCUGCAUUUUGGACAGGUGGGCAAGCUUUACAUCCGCUAUCAACUGGACGUGGCUGACGAUGAGGAUCCACUGAUAGAGUUGCAGGAUGUCAUCUGCCUGCUGAAGGAUGAGAAGGAGUUCUAUAUUCAGAAAGAUCACCUCACCGCCAAGCUGGAUAUCUGCAGGGAGCUGGUAAAGCUGUUCUGCACUGAGAGCAGCCACAGGAAAGAUCUGAUGCAAUUUGUGAGCAGCCUGAUAACCUGCCUCCAUGAUCCAAAAGCUCUGAGCAGAUUCUUGAACAAAGAAGACAUCAGAGAGCUGCCCAGUGAGGAGGAGCAGUGGGAGGUCCCAGAGCCCCCCCGACCAGAGAUGAAUAUGGAUAGAGUGCCGAUGAGGAGCUUCUCCUCCAUGAGCUCAUCUGAGGAGCAAGCCCCGCCCACUCCAGCUGACGGGGAGCAGACUCUGGUCUGCUGGCCCCCCAGAGCGUCCAUCCUGAGCACCGGAAGCAGCCGUGCAGGUCAGGCCGACAGCAGUGCGGUCGAGGCCGUCAUGAAGAUGUGGCCCCCCCCCGCCGGGCCCAAAGACCUGGACCCGGACAGGGAGGUCAGCCCCAGAGCAGGCGGCCAUGACGGGGAGCAGCCUCCCAGGAGCAGCACCAGACCCCCGGACCCACAGAGGAUGGGGGGAACAUGGCGGUCACACAGGGCCGUUUCUCCCUUUAACGCUCCACGUGAAACAGAGCAGACUCCGCUGCCCGCCGGGGUCCUUCACACUGAGCGUGCUCAGAACAGUCCAGCAGAGCGCGGCCAGCAGAGCCAGACCGCCCAAUCAGAGGGCGGGGCGGAGCCCCCCACCGCUCCCGGGCGGAGCCCCCCGCCCCCGCAGCCCGCCGAGGCUCCCAGCGACCCGCCGCCCCCCAGCACCCCAGCCGUCCCUGAAGCCGUGCUGGUGUCCGGAACCUUCCAGGGGGCCCCGCCCGGCGCCGAGGCCCAGCGGCCCCCCCUCAACCUGGACUUCCCCCUCUGGAGCAGAGAGCAGCCCUCCCAGGCCACGCUGGAGGACGUGGAGCUCACCUGCCAGAGGCCCACCACCGUCGUGCUGUCCGAUGACCCGAUGGACGUGGCGGCCAUCGGCGAGUGGGGCGAGCAGCUGGUCCACUCCUUCCUGUGCCACUGGCGGGACGGCAGUGACCCCGGGCGGCCCACGCGCGUCCUGUGGUGCAACCAGAGCGGGGAGAGCGGUCAGCCCUACGACUUCCAGCUGACCGGCCCCGCCGGGGUGGUGUUCGUGGAGGUCAAGUCCACCAUAAAGAAGGAGCGGUCCUUCAUCCACCUGUCGGCCAACGAGCUGGACUUUGCCCUGAAGGAGCGGGAGCGCUACCACGUGUUCCGGGUGUACAGCGCCGGGGACGCGCACAACGUGCGCCUGUGCCGCAUCCAGAACCUGGCCCAGCUCCUGCACACCAAAGAACUGGCACUUUACCUGUUUGUGUAG